UACUUCACUAUAACUUAUUUUAUUAAAGGGUUCUGAGAAUACCUAAAUCUAAAUGACUACAUCACAAUGGAGUCGUCUAAAAUUGUGUUGAAGGUUACUGUGAUUAUUCACUUCAUCUUAACGGUGUGGGCUACAACAAGCAGCUUCUUACCGGAUUCUUACAUUUAUAUGAAUUUGUUUGUUUUGCUGAUCGGUGUAUUUGCCAAUGUACAUAGUAAAUCUGAAGAGGCAGUUUUCUUGUUUUUUGUUCUCCACUGCUUUACCAUUGCACAGGACGUGCUAUUCAUUGGUAUAUACCAACCUAUAGCAGAUGCAACCUACGAGGUACCCAACCAACCUAACAGCGUGAAGAAUAUAUACAGAUUUAGUCUUGGUAUAUGCAUUGUGAACUUGAUAAUAAAACCAGCGACUGCUUUCCUACUGUACAAAGUGUGGCAAGAGAGACAGGGAAAGCCGGUUAAGCUUCCAUUCAACAUUCCAUGGAUAGCGUCAUCUGCUCUACCAGCAAAACCAAAUAGAAGAUCGUCUAAUGUUUCAGAAGACGGUUCGGAAAUGGAGACGGACCUAGUUGCAAGCAUUAUCACGGUGUUGACAGAUCAGCUGAAGGUUGUUUUGAUAGAACAUCUACGCCAAGGGUAAUGGAAAACAGUCGCUUGACAUUCUAACGUGGGGAUUUAUGAUGAUACCAUUGUGCAUUAAUUUUUAUCGAAUCUGUUCAUCUGACAAUAUACUCAGUCUGACUCUCAUAAGAACAAUUUUCUCCUUGCAGCAUUGUAAUUUUUAGAAAUCUAAGUAUUAGCAAUCCACAUAGGCUUGCACCACUUUACUUAUAAUUUUCUAUAAUGUUAAUACUCGCUUUUGAGAAAAUGUAAAUGAUCAAGUCUUUACUAACAAUAAUUCAAUAAACGAUUAUACAAUUA